AUGGAUCUAGAAUCCGUGAGCGCCUCCGCCUCCGACGUCGAGGAAGGCAGAACCUGGGGCUCAGAUGCUCGAUCGCCAGUGACUCAAACAAUCGACGAUGCCAGCAGUGCUCAUCCCUCGAGAGACUGCGGCAUCGGCCAUCGCGUUCUGGCGAGUCGCUCCGUUCUCGCUCUGGUCGUCGAUGAACAUUGUGUGUUUGCUGGUCUUCAGGGAGGAGACAUUGUUGCGUGGUCCCUUGAAACAUAUGAUCUCGUGCUCUCCGUACACGCACACAAAGAGAGUGUGCUAGGUCUUUAUUUGUCCAAUGAUGGCAACCUUCUAUUUUCAAGUGGUGGGGACUCUGUUGUCAAUGUAUGGUCCACAAGGACAUUUGAACGUCUCUACUCAAUCUAUUCCCAUCAUGAUGUGGGCGAUAUUUUCACAGUGGUUUAUUCCUCAAGUAACCAAACUAUCUACUGCGGUGCCCAGAACACGAGUAUCCAGUGGUGUGAUCUCUCCGAGGAAGGGUCAACGCUCAACCAUGCAUCAUCUGCCCACCUCACUAAGCGGACACAUCGCUUCUUUGAUUCCCGUGGGCCAGACGGUACUCAAGCCCCGGGAUCAUUAGAGGGGUCCCAUUUCGUCUCCGAUGGUGGUCGCAUGUUGAGCUUCAAGCGGGAUCAUCAUAAGCUUUUCGCUCACCAUGGCUACGUCUACUCUAUGCUUCUCGUCAAGGGACUUGUCGAAUCAGCUCCUUCCGAGGAGGUUCUCUUGACUGGUGCAGGUGAUGGCGUGGUCAAGCUGUGGCGCCUGGGCCAAGAGCCUGAAGCUUCUCCGUCUCAGAUUGCCAAGCUGCAAAACGGUGACCCUGUCCUGUCUGUCGCUGUGGAGGGAUCAUUGCUCUAUUGUGGUUUGGCGGGCGGUGCGUUGAACAUUUGGAACUUGGAUUCUCAACAGCUUGUCAAGCGGAUCACUCGGCAUACAGGGGAUUUGUGGGCCGUGCACGUCAUUCAAGGGAUUGCCAUCUGUGGUGACUCUAGUGGAACAGUCAAGAAAUUCAACUCGCGAUUUGAGGAAGUUGGUGGCUGGGUUGCGCAUGAGGGUACUAUGCUCGCCUCGGCUACUGGCCGGUUCAAGGACCGCCAGAUCUAUGCCACUGGUGGAAACGAUAACUCCGUUGGUAUUUGGGACUUGACUGAAUUCUUUAUGACUCAAGAAGAGUUACCACCAAUCAGCAACGAUGAAAUGGUCAACAGUCUUGCAAAGUUUGUCUCCUACAAGACCAUCUCAGCAAGUCCCAAAUUUGCCGGCGAAUGCAACCAAGGAGCUGCGUUCCUUCGACGCCACUGCAACUAUCUCGGUGCCAAGACGAAGCUCUUGACCACUGGAGAGGAUACCAACCCCAUCGUAUUUGCCAGAUUCAAUGCCACCUCGCCUGACAAGGUGGACAAGACGAUUCUUUUCUACGGCCACUACGACGUUGUUGGCGCAGAAACGAACCGACCCAAGUGGAGGACUGAUCCGUAUCAGCUUACUUCUAUCAACGGAUUCCUCUAUGGUCGUGGUGUCUCUGAUAAUAAGGGACCCAUUCUCGCAUCUCUCUACGCUGCAGCCGAUCUUGCUAGAACAAAGACCUUGCGAUGCAACGUUGUGUUUCUCAUUGAGGGCGAGGAAGAGUCUGGAUCCCAGGGUUUCCACGAGACAGUCCGUCGACACCAUGACCAGAUUGGAUCCGUUGAUUGGGUUCUUCUAGCCAACAGUUAUUGGCUUGAUGAUUACAACCCGUGCUUGACUUAUGGUCUUCGUGGUGUCGUUCACGCGAACUUGGUCGUCACAAGCGAGCACCCCGAUCUACACAGCGGUAUUGACGGUAGUACCUUGCUGGAUGAGCCAGUCAAGGACAUCGCCAUGCUUCUAUCCACAAUCGUUGGUCGCAAAGGCCAGAUCAAUCUUCCAGGUUUCCAUGACGCUGUUCGUCCUCUCACGGACGCCGAGCAGAAGCGCUUUGAGGCUAUUGCAGAUGUAUUGCUUCUCCAGCACCCGGAUAUUCCCAACAGUCAAGCGCUUAUCAAGUCGCUCAUGCACCGUUGGCGUGAACCCUCACUCACUGUCCAUUCCGUGGAGGUCCCUGGAAGCAAGAGUUCCACGACAAUCGCCCGACGGGCCAAAGCAACCUUGUCAGUUCGCAUCGUGCCCGACCAACAAGCAGACGAGGUAGCUGCAAACCUCACAGCCUACGCCCAGGAGCAAUUUGCUCUCCUCGACUCACAAAACGACCUCACAGUGGAGAUCACCGGAAAAUCAGACGCCUGGCUGGGAGACCCGGACAACCAAAUCUUCGCCACUCUGUCAGAGGCCAUCACCGCCGCAUGGAGCCAAGGCCAAGAUAAUGUGAAACAUCAGUAUCCUCCCAUCCCCCAGAGCCCAACCAACCAACCAACAGCCACGCCCAACCCGACCAGAGGGUCCAUACCGACCCUCAUUCGCAAAGAUUCAUCCGACAGCGUCGCCUCGCAAGUCGAGCGGGUAAUCACCUCAACGACCACCUCAUCCGUGGGCAAAGAAGCAGCCAAACGCGCCGCGCAAACAUCGGCUACAGUCCCAACAUCCUCCACCCUUACACAAAGCACACCCACGUCUUCUGAAGAAUCAGUUGCCUUGCCAAUUCGAACCAAGCCCGACCCUCCUACUGACGCCAAGCCAUCACCGCCUCUCUCUGUGAAACCAAUGUUCAUCCGCGAGGGUGGUUCUAUCCCGACAAUCCGGUUCCUGGAGAAGGAGUUUUCAGCCCCCGCUGCUAAUCUACCAUGUGGCCAAGCCAGCGACAACGCUCACUUGGAUAACGAGCGAAUGCGCGUGGAGAACUUGUACAAGAGCCGUGAAAUCUUCCGGUAUGUGUUCGAGCAUUUGGUGGACAAGGCAUAA